AUGGGACCCGGAGCUCACAUUUUUUCACCACCUAAGUGGGCCCCGACCGCCUCUUCAUCCUCUCCACAAUCCCAGUACUUGAGACGGUUUCAUCAUCAGUUACAGUUCGCGCUGGAUCACAGGAUUGAGUCCCAUCCAACGGCUCAUAAUCAACCAAGAGGCAAAAGCCCAAGAAAGAAACAAUCUGCACCGGAAAAGUCAAUUUCCAAUAAAGUUUGCGGUUCCGAUUUCAUCACCUCCGCCAAUAGAUUUACUCCAAGUCAGCAAUUGGGAACAGAACAUCCCCACCGUCUGAUUCAUCCUUCCUCCAAUAGAAAACCCCCGGUGAAGUCACCACCACCGUUAAAAAAGAAAAAAAAAAAGUAA